AAAACCUUCAUCGUCGCUUGGCUCAGCAUGGUCAUAGAGAUGUCCUCUCCAAACGCAAAGACAUCAAGGAAACAAUCUACAUGAAGGGGAACGAUGGACCUACUGCAAAACUGUGGCCAAACCACGCACUCAUUGACAUAUUUCAUAUAGCUCUAUUUGAAUUCACUUCUGCCCGAGACUUGCUCACAAGAUGCCAACGGAUAACCAGCUUGCUACCAUGGCAACUGACUGAAGCCAAUAGCAAGCAGAAGUUUGAGCUGCUCACUUGUUCCAGCAUUGGCAGACGGCUCUACGGCAGUGAACGAGUAACUAUUGACCAGAUACCAUACAUGCCGACUCCCGGCAACUAUAGCGUCAUCAUGGAGAAUGAAAACCCACAUGUAAUAGUAGAGCUAUUCCACGGCCGUUAUGUAUCCGUGAGUUUUGGUUCUGUGCGCGGCGUUUCUGACCCUAAUAAACUAACGUGCACCAUCAACGUCUAUAGCAAAGAUGCAGAGACGGUCAUUGCUCAUGCAUACCGACAAAUAGCAGACGUUGCCAAACAAAACCUGGAUAAAGAGAUAUAUUUCAACUUAUAUACGGAUGUCUGUUUCUCGUUGGACCCCCCAAAAAGAAAUGUAAUUAUUGACGCUAUUACGCAGAAGCUUGGAUUACGUCCUCUUAAACGUGCACACUACAAAGAUCUUCAUGUAAUCACAGGAAAAUAUAUAGGAGAUUCUAAACCUUUGCCUUUACUGCCACUAGCUGGUGUGAAGGUGGUAUCAAAGAUUUAACCACCGUUCUUGAGAGAUUAAGAACAUGUGUGAAGAAGAGGCCUGUGCAGCCUCUAUGGGGCACAGCUCAACUGAGUUACCCCACGUGGAGUUAGCUUGCUGUUUUGGUGUUGCCAUUAUAUAUCAUAUAAAUGUAUAUGUUCUUCAGGGAUUAAUAUGUCUAUCACGUGACAGUGUAUUCUUUACGAAAUUUGGAGAGAAAACAGAGUAUACCACUACUACCAUGUAUACUCUAUAUCUUGCAUUAAUAUGUUUUAAAAUGUUAUUAUUUGAUAUAAUGUGCAGUAACUUGGUAAACAUUCUAAUGUAACCCCAAAGUUAGUUUGAAUUAUACCAUUUCUGGUUACCCACAUAUUCCUACUAAUUUUCUGAAGCCGUAAGACGACCCCAUAUAUUGGGUCACCAAUGCUUACUAUAUAUACUGAUUGCAGCGUGAAUGAAUGACAAUUAACUUGCCUGUAAUACUACACUAAAAACACCUGUAUUUACCUCUCUUUUUAAAUCUAAUAAAGUAAAGUGAAAGUGUAUUGGCAGUUUUACAUUA